GAAUAAAUCACUGUGAUAUCAGUAUCCUGUCACUCAGUUUAUUGUGAUUUUUGCAAAAAGUCCGAUGGACCGAACAUCUUCACACAAUAUACACGCACAGAGGAAUUAAUGAAGAACUUGUUGUUUCGGAUAAUUAUCAGAAAGGGCUUGAAAAUCUCACAAUGAGGCUGAAAUCAUCGAGGUUAGGUUACCUAUUACUUCAAUUUAUGACUCUGUGUUUUUACACUCAGAUGACGAUGCAGUCAGUCUCUGUACCAAAUUUUAAGCACCAUGUAACGGAGCAGAGUCGCCUGUCGGACAGGACGAGCCGGCGAUUAACAAGGACUUAUCAGCUCUAUAGCCGGACGAGUGGUAAACAUGUACAAGUGCUGGGCAAUAAGAGGGUCAACGCCAAUGGCGAGGAUGGAGAUAUUCAUGCUAAACUUGUUGUGGAAACCGACACGUUUGGAAGCAGGGUUCGAAUCAGAGGUGCGAAAACCGGAUACUACAUUUGCAUGAACAAGAGAGGCAAGCUUAUUGGACGGAGGAAGGGCCGUGGAAGGGACUGCAUAUUCACAGAGAUUGUUCUGGAAAAUAACUACACGGCUCUGCAGAACGCCAAGUACAAAGGCUGGUACAUGGCUUUUACACGCAAGGGUCGACCCAGGAAAGCCACACAGACCCGGCAGCAUCAGCGAGAGGCCCAUUUCAUGAAACGUCUUCCUCGAGGACACCUGUUAACAGAACAGAAGCCUUUUGAUUUAAUCCCAUAUCCCCCAAACAAGAGGACUAAGCACCAUCAGCGCACAAGCAUGAAUUGAGGACAGAAUCGUAUCUUACACCGGAGUGCUAUCUUAAUCCGAGUUUAACUAUGUGCAUCCAGAGUUACUGGACAUCGUGAAGGCGUCUGUACAGGCUCAGAUCUGAGAUGAAUCGCAGGACAAUUACUGAACUGUUGACUGAACAGAGGACACUGUCAGCCUUGUAAUAAUGAGCAACACAUCUCUGGGAAUGAAGCAAGACAACAGAACACACGACACACAAACACUCAGAAAAUGUGCAAAAAUUCUAUCUUCUGGGGUACAACAGCUAGUCACUGGGGCAGAACCCUUAAGACACUACAGGCAAAAACAUUGUUUUUUUUUUAUGGGCUGUUUUGGGUCCAUAACAUGUUUUAUUAGACUAGUAGUAAAAUAAAAAUAAAAAUCACAAACCAUUCACAUUUAAGUGUUAAUUUUAUUACAGUUUAUCCAUUUGCGUCUGUAGAUGUCAAUAACAACACAUAUCUUUAAAGCUGAUUUUUUUUCCACUUUCAUACACCAAACCUCAUACUUGUAUUCCUUGAAAACUUGAAAGUUUUUACAAAAGAGUCUGUUCAUACACCAUUCGCCUGAUUUAUACGCAAAAUAUAUGUUUAAAAUGCAUAAAAUAUGGAUAAAAUAGAUAUAUGUUUGGAUGUUGAUAGUAUUUUCUGAUUUGUGGAGUGAUAAAAAAAAAAAUCCCCUCUAAAAUGAAACAAGAAUUUUUUACUUGGCUUCUGUUCGAUGAAUGCAAAUAAUUGGAUUUCAUUGGAUAUGCCUCAUUUGCAUAUCUAAAAAACAUUUCUGAAAACCUAACAUAAUAUUAAUACAAAACAAUUGUCUUUGUGUACUGUGAUUAAUCAACCGGCAAAUGCAUGAUGACGAUUUAAAUGUAUAUGACAUAGCUUAGGGGUACACAUUACUGCUCAAAUGCACUAAUACGCACCUUUAAAAGUAGGUAAGGUACAAAGUUAUCCCUAUAAGGAUUUCUGCCCUGGUCACAAGCUGUUGUACAAUUUUGCAUGCUUUAUUCUGAGAGUGAACAUGGCAGCUACCUACUGAUGAUCCCAAGCAUAUGCAGAUACACAUUCCAUGAUGAUUGCAUGAUGUGUAGUGAUAUUAUCAAAAAAGCAUCUUUAUCGUUUGUACAUGACUAUAUAUUUUAUAUUGGAAGAUUGUAAGAUACUUCAAAAUGAAAAUAUUUAUUUUGAGAGCGUGUAUUAAAUCCAUGUAAAAGUAUUGAUCAGCAGGGUCUCGGGUUGUGUGAUUCAUUGACUCCCCUAACACCUUUU